GUGAAAUUGGAUAUAUUUGUCCCAUCUCUAGAAAAUAUAACCUUAAAACAAGCAAUGUUUUGGAAAACAAAAUAAAAUUGAAGUGAAGACACUAGUGGUGUUCUAGUCCUUCAAAUCAAAUUUAUAUCACCCAGCGAUAAUGUUUCCUAUAUUCCGAAAUGCCAUAACUAUCGCUGCGAGAAGGUUACCAUCAGCAACUGGCCACUUGGUAGCUACAUCCUUUCACAUACUGUCCAAGCCAAGUAUCAUCAGUGCCUUGCAACCAGGCUUUCUGACUCCAGCACUGCAGACAGUUGUGCCUUCAUGUGGCAUGAAGGUGAGAGGAAGGCUGAGGCGGAGAUGCAAGGAUUGCUACUUCGUAAUGAGGGAAGGACGGUUGUACGUGAUGUGCAAAACGCACGGAAGGCACAAGCAGAUGUCCAUGGUGAAGGAUCCCAAGAAUACUUGGAUACUGUCUCAUGCUACACAGGGCAAAGUUAGACCUUGGUGAAAAUGAGGUAGAAUUAAGUAUUGUGUAUGACUUCUUGUUAGUUUAAAUAAAGUGUAAAUAAACGAUCUGCUUAUGAUUUUAUUGUCGUUAGGUAGUUAUAAUAAAAACUAC